AUGGGAAAAAAUAGGGAAAACAUGCAAAAAGUUAUAAAUAUUAAAUUUUAUCAAAUGUCAUUCUCUACGCAACUCAACACAUAUAUUGUUGACCAACCGAGAUCGUUCAAGCCUAUACUGAAUGCUUCAACCGGAUGUUAUGAAAUAGGAUCGGUAGCUUCUGGAACAGAAAUCCAAUUCGUUUUUUCAGUGGUCGUUGCAUUGGCUGCUAAUUUAACUCAAUUGUUACAUGAUGACAGUAUCGUUGAUGCGUCAUCCGGUUACUUUUUUUACUACAACCUCAUUGAUUUAGAUGUAACGACAGAGGUAUUUUAUGAUUUAUCUAAUCCAAAAUUUAAAGUAGAUCGAACCUAUGUCAAGAUAAUAGGGGAUUGUAAUGAUGUUAAAAAUUAUUUCAGUGAAAUUGAAAAUUUUGAAGUUGGUAUACUUUUUUUAUUUCACGCGUAA